AUGUCUGAGCUUUCAUCCCAGAUUGGGCUGCUUGACUCGGAACUCAUUUUGGCCAUGGAGAACAUUGCCCAGCAAACCCAACCCGAUGACGUUCAUCACGAGGCCAACGUCAAUAAGAAUGAUACCACUUCUACGGCGGGCACCUUACAUCCCUCUAGUGUCCGUGGAGACACUGCCGGCUUCGUUGGUGAGACUAUUGCCAACACGGGAACCAUCUUGGAUGUCGACCAAGGGGUGCAUGCCGGACUUGUCACAGUGUCAGCACGACAGUACCGAGACCUCAUUUCAAAGAUCUCCGAAUUGGAGCAGAAGCUAGCCCAAGUCGACGAUGUAGUUGACAAAGUGGUCGAGAAAAGGAUAUUCGCGGCCCCGUUAAACAAACGCUAUGGCUUCGACGUUACAGGGUACGAUGAAAUCUUCGGUUCAAACAGCACCGCUAUACAGCGAGAUUUCUCUCGCAUGAUCAUGCGCAGUUCUGAGGCCAUUGAAGAACUCGGCUACGUGCUGGGGACAUACAGGCGGUACUGGACGUCGCACCAAGUUCAGGGGGAUAAGAAUCAGGAAGACAAAGACGAGGAAGCUGAGAAGCACAAGAUUGUAGAGACGACUUCAGACGAGUCCUUGCUGGCUGCCGAGAUGCUUACGGACGCUGUUGCAGCAACGGCGUUGCAAACAACCUGGGAAGUCUUUCAAUCCCAGAACUCGGGUAGUAUCAACACUAUCGUCAACCCCAUCCAGCUCGUCGUUGGCGAGCCCGAACUAUCAUUCCGAGGGAUUUUCAACAACUUCAUUCAAGAGCCCGACAGGAAACUUGCAUCACGCUCUUUGCCCCCAAAGGCGAGUGCGAACAAGACUCUCGGAGAAUCGCCGCUGCCAGAACGAAUCCUAAUCCACUCACCUGAGAUAAUGAAAGCUCUAAGUGAGGCCUGCGAGGAUUCAUUCAUUGGCAGACAAAGCACCACGUUCCUUCGGCCCUUCAAGAUGUUUACUUACUACGAGCAAACGAUUCGAGAUCAUGCAGCGAAGCUCGAAGUCAGUUAUGCGAGCAAUGCCAAUGUCACCUCUGAAGCUGAACCUGUCACACCUGUCGAGACUAAGCACACCUCAGAAGGCGAUAGUGGCGAACUAGCCAAGUCUGAAGAAGCGUCCUCGGUUCUACCUCAGGACGAAGCAGAUUUGAAAUGUCCUAUCACACUGCUACAUAUUCGCUGCCUGACGAAGUUAUUGGACGAUACCGUAUGCACAAGACGAGAGUAUCUGGCAAGUACGGAAUGUGAGAAGAUCACAUUCAGCGACAUCUGGUAUCUCUUCCAGCCAGGAGAGGAAGUCAUCGACCAGGCUAAUAAACAGGCCUACCGUGUGCUGCGCGUCUCGAUGCCCAAGCACAAGGUCAUUCCACCAUACCUCUUUAUACGAAAUUCCAAUUCAGAGAACGCUAAAGAGAAGCCAGCCAUCAUUCAGUGCCUCUACAUAGACUUCGACGGAGAGAAUCUUGGUCCUGUGACCAAAACCUUUGAGAUACCUCGAUUUGACACGGACAAACCAAUCAAGUCGUUACCGAUCUACCCUCUUCGGAUGAUCAGGGAGGACGGAUUCCGCGAAAGGCUGAUGGAAAGAGGCAAGAUGCUGUGGGACGUGAUCCAGGUCAAGCCAAUGUAUUACAAAGGUAAUGUUAUCGACACAAGGCAGGAUGCUGACAGCCAAGUCAUGAUCGACUUUACUGAAGCCCUAGCAUAUGCGCACGAACAUAACAAGGAUUGGAAGCCGAAAGUUGACUUCAUCAGCACAUCGACUGAGGAGAGCAAGACAGAUGACACAACUAGCGACUGCGAUGCCAUCUGUUGCCGAGGUCAAUACGUUUUCGACGACUCAUUUGUCGAAGACAGUCUGACUGAGGAUUUCAUCGCUAAACUAUUCCCGCAAUCUCCGACGGAACGCCGGUCACUCAUUAUAUACCCACAUGCAUUAAAAGAUUUACUUGAAUCGAAGAGCACACCCGGCGCGGACGAGCUUGUAAUCAUGAGCUAUAGAGUCUUCGGAUUCCUCCUGAGAAACCGUCAAUGGGCGCAACUUGACCUCACGUAUCUGAAGGGCGAGAAUGAGGAUAGCAGAACCAGUGCCUUAGACGCCUUUGAGCGUCUGGUUCUUCCCGAAGGACACAAAGAGAUGGUCAAGUCAUUGGUGACACAACAUUUCCGAGACAAGAAGGCCAGGGAGAAAAUGGUUGACCGAAACCCCCACGCUGAUGCGUCUUCUGAUCUCAUUCGAGGAAAAGGACAAGGCCUCAUCAUUCUCCUUCACGGAGCCCCCGGUGUAGGGAAAACCACCACAGCAGAGGGCAUGGCCGAAACCUUCAAGAAACCUCUUUUUCAGGUUACCUGCGGCGAUCUCGGAACGACCGCUUCAACGGUUCAGACAGAGUUGGAGAAGAACUUCACACUAGCCAGCAGAUGGGACUGCAUUCUUCUCUUGGAUGAAGCUGAGGUCUUUCUUGCGUCUAGGGAGCGGAAAGACCUAACGAGGAAUGGUCUCGUCGCGAUCUUCCUCCGAGUGUUGGAAUACUACACCGGAAUUUUGUUCCUUACAACUAAUCGUGUCGGUGACUUCGAUGAAGCCUUCGCUUCCCGAAUCCAUAUGAGCCUCUAUUACCCUAAGCUCGAUCUCGACAAAACGCUGGAUGUCUUCAGGCUGAACUUCGACCUUAUCAAGAACAGAUUCGAUCUGAGACGUCGCAAAAUCUUCCUCGACGAGGAUUCAAUCAUUGACUUUGCGAAGAAGCAUUUCGAGAGUAAUGGAGACGACAAGAAGCAGGGCUUACGGUGGAACGGCCGCCAAAUUCGCAAUGCGUGCCAGACAGCACUUGCCAUGGCUGAGUUCGAUGCGCUCAAUAGUGAUCUGAGAGCUGACAUCGAUCCUUCCCCAUUUGUGCAUCUCAGACUCGAUCAUUUCCGCAUCAUUGAGAAGGCUUAUGAUGAAUUCGCCAUCUACCUCGGCGACGUCUAUGGCGCUAACUUUGAUGAGCGGGCCGCAGAAAACAAGAUACGCUGA